GAGAGGAGGAGGAGGAGCAAGUACCAGCAGACUGGAAAUCGCAGGCAUUCAUAAAAGGAGAGGAUUACAGAGAAGGGCUCGUCCUACCUCCUCCUCCUCCCAUGGCUGGUCCUGUGGCUGAAGUGAUAGCUUCCCCUGUGAAGAUGCCCUGGUGGAAAGGGAUGGUGGUGGUCUUUUUGCUCUGCUCACUGCUGCUCAGCCAGACACACUGUGCUUCCCUGCACCACCGACAGCCUCACCUCAUCAGACAGAAGAGGAUGACUCCCUUCUGGAGAGGAGUCUCGCUGCGACCCGUGGGAGCCUCCUGCAGGGACAACAGCGAGUGCAUCACAAUGCUCUGCCGGAAGAACCGCUGCUUCCUCAGAACAGCCUCGGAGUAACCCUUCCUGCUGAGGACCACUCCUCACUGUUACUGCUAACUCUGCUCCCCUCCGCUUGGGAAAUAUUUAUUGACCCUGCAGCAGCGAGGACAGUGAAUCCAGCAAGCAGUGCACUUAACAUCUCUGUACAGGAGCUGAUGAAAAGACUCCAAAGAGCUUGAGAGCAUUUCCCAACCCAGGCUGUGGCACUGCAGCAGACGCUUCAGGAUGACUCAGGCCAGGCUCAAUAAAAGGACUCUGCCUCUGC